AUGGCAGAGAGUGCAGUGAAAGAGCUGAAAUGUUCCAUUUGCUUGGACAAUUUCAAGAAUCCCAAAGUGUUGCCGUGUUGUCACAGCUUCUGUCUCCAUUGUCUGGAGGGAGCUCAUGAGAGAAACAAAGACAAGAAAAGCCUACCCUGUCCUCAGUGCAAAGCUCAACAUCAGGUUCCUACCAAUGGUCCCCGUGGUUUCCCCGAUGAUUACACUCUUGCUAAUCAGAAACACACUGCUACAACCACACCAGUUUGUGAGCAAUGUGAUGAUAGCAACAAACCAGUGGCGUACUGCCACACCUGCUCAGACUACCUGUGUGAAGAGUGCUUGAUAGCUCACAAGAGACUUAAGGCUUAUCGAGAUCACAAGACAGUCAAUAUCACUCCUGGGAAGGCUCUUGAUUUCAAGCCCCGGUCAAAGAAGAGCUAUUCGUGUAGUGUUCACCCUGAAGAACCACUAAAGCUUUACUGCAAGAGUUGUAAGAGCCUGGCCUGCCUCCUGUGCUUUGUGGGGCUACACAACGGCCAUGACAUUGGAAGCAUUGAUGGUAAAGCACGACAAGAAGUGGAACAAACUAUCAACAAUCUAGUGAAACAGACAGAUUUGAAAUUGACAGAAUUUGAAGACGAUUUAAAAUAUGUUUCUACAGUUGAAAAGGAAAAAGCAGAAGCUCCCAUUCCAUUCAAAGCUCAAGUUGAUAAGAAAGUUGAUUCUCUCAUCCAACAACUUGAAGCAAGGCGUAAAGAACUACACAAGAAGAUUAACGAUGCUUGUACGAAAGACCUCAAAGAAUUGUGGGCACAGAAAGAAUACCACGAGACAGCCAUUAUGAGCAUGGAGGGUGCUCUGAGCUUUGCCAGAAGAGCUCUAGCCUGCAAGGAAGACACGGAACUACUGGCCCUCGGUGCACAAGUUACCUCCAGACUGAAAGAGCUGAGUCAGCUAAAAUGGGAUAGUCAAGACACGGAGAAAAUCGAAAGGAAAACCGUCGAAUUCAAAGAAGCUAAUAAACAAAUAAAUGCACAGGAAAUAGAAACGGCAGUUGGGGAAAUACAUGUACAAACUGUUACGCCAGAUAUACAAAUUACAACCACUGAGCUACAGAAUGAGGUUCCAUAUUCUCAUGGUUGUAGUAUUACGCUUCAAGUAACGGCAACAGUGAAUUUUAAAUGUAAAACCCCUAAACUAACUGCUUCAGCAACUUGUACAGCCUUACCACAUAAUUCUGGAUGGGAUCUUGAGGAGGAAUACUAUGAUUGUACAAGUGAGCAAAAUACUACAGCGAACAGUUGGACAGUCAAGUUCACUCCUGAAGAACCAAAUACUUUCACGAUUACACUUCAAGUCAAAGGGAAGUAUGGAGGCAUAGAGCUACACAAAACUUCUACACACUACAUCCGAAGUAUAUUGCAUUAA